UUUUCUCGCGUCUCAAACUAAAAAUAAUUAAUACACGCUUGCGGAUAGAUCGUAAUCAGUAAACUCCGAAAAGGAACAAUUAGUUCAAUUCAGAACCAGAACCCAGAACUAUUCCGAACAAACUGUUUUCCUACUCCACGUUACGUCACUUCGAGCGAGCUCACUCGAUCAGUCUGCACUGACUUCAGUUGACCUGACAGCUGUAAAAACACGCGGUUUUUUUAGUUUAGGUUAAGGAAAUCGCUUCCACAACUUACCAUGUCUAUGCUGGCCGAGAAAAGACGAAAGCAAAAAUGGUCCCUUAAUCCAAGGGGCAAAGCUUGGUCUCAGGAUAGCAGCAAAUUUGGUCAGAAAUUGCUGGAAAAAAUGGGUUGGUCUCAAGGGAAAGGGCUGGGAGCAAAGGAAGACGGAAGGACGGAACAUAUUAAAGUUUCCUACAAAAAUGACAGUCAAGGUGUGGGUUAUAAGGAAUCUGAUGACCAAUGGACAGAACACGAAACAAAUUUCACAGCACUUUUAGCUGCUUUAGGAGGUGGCGAACAAGAUGAAAAGAACACUGAAAGUAAAAUACAAUCGUUGGAGGAAAAGUCACAAAAUUCCAAAGCCAGAGUGCACUAUAGAAAAUUCACCAGGGGCAAAGACAUAAGUCGAUACUCUGAAAAAGACUUGGCUAAUAUUUUUGGAAAAAAGAGUUUGAAAGAAAAUAAGAAAAUACAAAAAGAAUCAAUUAAUACAGAAGCUAACAAUGAAAUAGUGAAGGAGAAAAAUUUCUCCAAUGCUGGCCUUAUGUCUGAUUAUUUCAAAAAGAAAAUACCAAGUUUUGGAAAGAGUCACGGCUAUGUUGUUGGCAACAAUGGAGUUUUAAAAAAAGAUGAUGAUUCAGAAACAGAACAAAGACCUAGUUUUGGCUUUGGAUUUAAUACAAAUAAAGUAGAAUCUGAAUCGGAAAGUGAAAUUAAACCCAGCUUUGGCUUUGGUUUCAAAUCCUAUGUGACUGAAAACGAAACAACUCCCAAAAAGAAAAAAGAUAAAAAAAGAGUUUUAGAUGAAGAUGCAACUAAUAACGAAGAUACACCGUCAAAGAAAAAGAAAACAGACACUCUUGAUGAAACUCCAACCAAAAAAAAGAAAGACAAAUCCAAAAAGAAAAAACCAGAAGACUCUGGGCUAGCCAAUCCAGCAUUUGAUCCUUUAUAUUCACCAGCCAAAUUAGAAAAGCACAUUUUGGAACCAAUAGAUGAAAGCAUGAGUGAAUCUCUUAAUGACACAGUGGGACAAGUGGCUGAAAAUUUUGAAGUACAAGUACAAAUCAUCAAUGAAGGAACACCUGAAGUGAAAAAGAAGGAGGAUGAUGGCACAAAAAAGAAAAAGAAGAGAAAAGAUAAAAACAUUGACAUGGAUAUUUCAAUUCAAAGUGAAGAUGUUGAACUAAAUUCCAGCAUAAAUGAAUCUAAAAAGAAAAAGAAGAGGAAAGCUAAAAACUUAGAGGAAACUAUUGAAGAGAUGGAAGUGUCAACUCUAAAUGAAUCCACAGAGAGUAAUUCAAACGAACAACAAUCUAAUAUAAUAAAUAGCCAAGAUGUUAGUCCAAAAAAGAAAAAAUCUAAAUCUAAAGAAGGCAUAGAUAAUCUAGUUUUCAAUAAUGCCAUCGAAUCUAACAUUUCUGUACCAACUAUUGCAAAUCCAUAUGAAAUACCACUAAAAGAAAAAAAGAAGAAAAAGUGUGGUCUAGAAAAUCCAAUGUUUAAUGGUGAAGACAAUGUAAAUACACAAGAUAUUAUAAAUGAGGAAUAUGAAGUGAAACGUAAAUCAAAAAAGAAGAAAAAUAAAAAGGCCAAAGAAGAAGAUAAAGGUUUAACUAACCCGGCAUUAGAUUUGAAUGACACCACAGUUAUUGAGGAUGAAAUUAGUUGCGAUUUAAUGUUAAACAUUGCUACUAAUCCAACACCAAUAAUUGAAAAGCCUAAAACCAACAAAAGUUUCGCAGAAACAAGUAUUCAAAAAAUUAAAGGAGUGACAAGAAGGAAAAGUGUAAGAUUUAGUGAUGUAACCCGAGAGAGAAUAAUACCAACAAAAGAAGAAAUCCAUAACGAAACAUUAGAUGAAAGCAGAGAUAUACUGGAAAUUGAAGGCAAGCUCAAUGACAGUGCAGAAUUAUCAUACAUAGAUAAAUUUAUCCAGAAAAAGAAAGCAAAAAAGAGAAGCAAGGGUGUUGACAAUACCGCAUUCGACGAGCAAGCAAACAACAUUGAAGAGAACAUAAAUUCAAUAUCCAAAACUCUAGACAACUAUCAAGCUGAAAUUGAAAACGACAUAAACGAAGCCAAAAUGAAAUCAGUAGAAAUUGCUGAUAUUAUGGUAGGCGAAGUUGGUAAUCCUGAAGGUGAAAAUGAAAAACUACCUGACGGCACUGUGAAGCUGAAAUUCAAAAAAGCCAAAUUUAAAAGUAGUAUUCCGUUUAUGGAGAAUUUGACUGGGGCCAAAAAAUCUUAUAAGCACUUGAUUAAAGGGGAUAUAGUGAUGGGUUUCAAGGAAACAAAUUUGCAUGAAAUAGCUGGUUAUGCUAUUAAGACUUAAAUGGUUUUUGUUUGUAUGAGAAAGUUAGUAAUAAAAAUGGUUUUAAUCUGACUAGGAGUUUUUUAUUUAUUACAUUACUUAAUAUACACAUUUAAAAAUUAUAUAUGGAAGACAUGGAUAUUUAUGAUAAUGACAAGGUUUUUUUUUCUACCACAAUAGACUUCUAGGAGACAUUUACAAAACAUGGUAGGUAUGAACAUUUCAGCAUAAAUUUCAAGAGAUUAGACUCUCAAACCUUGUACAAAGAAUAUUAGGCUACAAUCAAUAUCACAGAACCAAAAGAAUACUUCAGAGUCAAUAUUUCUGAUAUAAAAAGCUUAUGAGUGAGCAAAAACAACAACAUCGAAAAAAGCGUCAAAUAAGUUUGAUAAAAAUUAAUUAAUCAGUCCAUAAGGAACGUAUUCUCUUGGAGGAUAAAUAUCGCCGCCUUUGUGAUCCAACGGAUGUCCAUGUAGUAACUCUGCCAUAAAGCUGAUAUAGGUAAUGGCUAGACGAAGAGUCUCGAUGCGAGAUAGGCGUUUUUCGUAUGCAAAAGUAGGAACCUAGAAAAAAGUAAUAAAGUACGAAAAAUAUAAGAUUUGCUUGGUGUUUUUCUUUAUACCUUUCUUCUUAGUUUGUCGAAAGCUUCAUUGAGAUUGAACAUUCUUCGUCGUUCUCUGAUAUUUGCGGCUCUACGUUGUGCUAUCGUAGCGACUCUUCUACGUGGUUUUUUCGAAGAAUGUCCGCUUGAAGAGCCGCUACGACCCGAGCGGCUCGAUACCAAACCUCCUGCGCAUUGUUGACGUGGCCAAACUAGAAGAAACAUGUAUAGUGUUAUGUAAAAUGUAUAAAAAAGAAAGAAUAGAAGAAAUAACUAACAAUAGUAACAAUGCAGAAAAUAAGAAAGUAAUAUUACCCAAUAAGAGCAAUAUAAUACACUAUUAUUUAAAGGUUUAUCAUACAUUAUAUUUACCCAAAUCAGAAUUGAAAGCAGUUAAAAUAUCAGGAUAUCCUCCGAGAGCGGGACUUUGUCCAGGAAAAUGAUGGGGAUCCCAUAGACCGCCGUAACCAUUUAUUUCGUUUGGGUAUCCUGAUGGAAAUUCUGCACCCUAGAAAGAAAAUAAAUACGUAGUACCUACUUAUAUGAUGAAAUGGAAAAUGAUCAUAAUUUUACUAAAUGUCCAUAUGGAAUUUGUUAAGGAAUAAAUGUUUAUGUUACAACAUAUUGAUUCUCAUUUUUGUGUUAUUGUAAUUUAUUUAUAUAUUUACAAAUUCAAUACACUACAGAAUAAAAUAUUCUAAAUGGUACAAAGAUAAAAAACAGUCAGCCACUCCCUAUACAGGAAAGGCAAAUUACAAAUCUCUCAAUAUCUUCUUAACAGAUACCAACAAACUAACAGAGAAAAGAUCACAAUCGUGGAAAUACC